AUUUGCAGUCAGUCAAAUUUCUGCCCAAAUUCUCUUCAAUAACAAAUGGCUCGCCGAGGAAAGAGUAAUCAUGUAUGGACUAUUGAAGAAGAUGCAAAACUCGUAGAAUCCAUUGUUGAGUUGAAGAGGAGUAAGAAUUGGGAUGGUGAAAGUGGAAGUGGGUUGAGGAAAGGUUAUCAAAAGGAGUUGGAAAAAAUAUUACAAGAAAAGCUUCCAGAAUUGAGUGGCUUUGGCUGGGAUGAUGAAAGAAAAUGUGUUACUGCAAGUGCGGAUGUUUGGGAUGAUUAUUUGAAGAGCCAUCCAGAUUGUACUUUCAUGAAAAACAAGUCUUUCCCUUACUUUGAUCAACUAUCAAUUGUAUGGGGUAAAGAUAGAGCUGCUGGAUUACAUGCUGAAGUUCUAGUAGAUGUAGUCGAGGAAUUAGAUAGAGAAGAAAAUGUAGAUCAAGUAGAUGGAGAAUCUGGUGAAGAUGGUGUACCUUCAUUAACUACACCUCGCGACGAAGGAACUUCAAAAAGACUUGAUCGUAAGAGGAGAAGAAGUUCAGAUGGUUUCAUAUCAAGUUUGGAGCGAAUGACUAAUGUGUUUGCUGCGCAUAUGGAUAAGUCGAAUGAUCAAAUGAACAAGAUUCUGGAAAGUGUUACCGGAGGUGACAAAGAGAAAAAAGACAACCGUCGUAUGCUUUAUGAGAAAUUGCAAGAGAUUGAAGCGUUAACUGAUUCUCAGAGACAAAAAGCUGCAAUGAAACUUGUUCGAGAUCCUGAUUUAUUAGAUUACUUUUUCACUCUUCACGAUGAAGGGGCGAAAAAGAUGUUUCUAAUAGAACUAUUAGGAUGGAAUUACUUUUAUACGUUUUUGCUACAAGACUAG